AUGCUGCCUUUACCGAAACUGCCGACGCCAAUCGGCCGGCGUGGCACCCUAAAAGUGACGGACUGGACGGACUCUGCAGACCAUCGCGCUAUGAUACCUCCCCAGCCGUUAGUCGUCGCUAGCGGCAGGACCGGCGUGCGGUCCCCCUUUUCUGGCCAGAAUCAAUCAGCAGCAGCAGCAGCAGCAUCGUCAUCAUCCUAA